CCUGCAUUUUGAUUGUACUGUGUGUAUGUAAGAUGAUGCAUACAUACAAUAAUACGAAGGCAUAGAUAUCGUACGUAUGUACGGUAGUGAUCCACCUCCUACUACCUCUUCCGCCGGCAUUUCGGCCAAAAGAAGGAAAAGCGAUCUUUUCUUCGGACUUAAUUCUUGUUAACGUCAUCCUCAAAUUCGGUAGAAAGAUGUUCCUUCUCAGAAUUUGUUGAUCUCUCCUUCCUACUUUAUCAUCCGUCAAUCCGACCAAGUAUAAGAACUGCAGGUUCAACUUUGACAACAUGACAUCGUCUAUCAAGAGCGAGUCUAAUAAAGACGGAAAAAAUACGCCAACUACAGAUCGAUCAGAAAAAGAGCAAAGUACAAUGCAAAACACUGUUGACGAUUCACAUCAUGAUCCAUCAAUCACAGAACAUAGGAGGGAGAGUGAUACAACAACGGCAACAACUCUCAGAUCUACGAAUGUAGAGCAACAAACAAACGAAAAAGAUCUUGAAAAGCAACCCGUACAACCACCAUCAAACGAUGAUCCAAAUCGUGUAAAAUGGGGACCAAACGAUCCUGGAAAUCCGAAAAAUUGGUCAAAUAGAUAUCGUGCUUUUUGUACAUUACAAUUAGGAAUUUUGGCAUUUUCGGCAAGUAUGGCUUCAAGUAUCAUCUCACCAUCUGCACCAGUCUUGGCCGCAAAAUUCGACUUAUCAGAAAAUAUAAUGGUUUUCGAUGUAAGUCUUUACGUUCUUGGAUUCGCAUUUGGACCUUGUAUUUUCUCGGGUAUUAGUGAAACUCUUGGUCGUCGUUGGAGUUUAUUACCGGCAAUGUUUUGUUUGGCUCUCUUUAGUAUCGGUUCAGCCGUUUCAAAUUCACCACAAGCACUCUUUAUUACUCGAUUCUUUGGAGGUAUUUUUGGAAGUGCUCCAGUGAGCAAUGUUGCCGCAUGUUUGGGAGAUCUUUAUCCACCCAAAAGUCGUGGAGUUGCCGUCAGUCUUUAUGCUCUUGCCGUCGUGGCUGGACCGGUGGUUGCACCUUUGAUCGGUGCUGCUUUAACCUUGAAAGUUUCAUGGAGAUGGACGGAAUAUUUGACGGCAAUUUGGGUUUUCGCAGUUGCCGUAUUUGAAUGUUUCGUUUUGCCAGAAACUUACGAACCCGUUCUACUUAAACGGAGAGCGAUACAAUUACGCAAAGAGACAGGUAACGAAAAACUUUAUCAUCCACACGAAUCAGUCAAAUUGGAUCCAAAGAGCAUUCUCACAAGGCAAGUCACAAGACCGGUCAGAAUGUUGUUCACAGAGCCAAUCGUCACCGUGAUUGCUCUCUACGCCAGUUUCAUUUACGCGCUAUUGUAUAUGUCACUUGAAAUUGUCCCCCUCAUCUUCACAAACCUUCGUGGUUGGGGACCAGUGGUAAGCACUUUACCCUUCCUUGCAAUCUUUGUCGGUAUCUUGGCAGCUCUGGCGAUCAAUCUCGGAAAUGCUCCUUAUUACAGUAAAGCGGUCGAUAAAGCUGGAGGCAAACCUGUACCUGAAGCUAGAUUGCCACCUAUGUUCAUUGGAACGAUCUUCUUUUGCGUAGGCUUAUUUUGGAUCGGUUGGACGGCUGAUCCAAAGUAUUCUUGGGUCUUGCCCGUAUUUGGUCUUGGAUUCUUGGGUGCAGGCUUCAAUAGCUCUUUUCAACAAUGUAUCAACUUUUUGGUCGAUAGUUAUACUCUUUACGCCGCUUCUGCCGUUUCUGCAAACACUUUCUUGCGAAGUUUGAUGGCUGCCGGUUUACCAUUCGCAGUAAGACCAAUGUUCGAAGCACUAGGAGCAGCAAAAGCACUAUCGAUAUUGGGGGCACUUGCAGGAGCAGCCAUUCCUAUGCCGGUUCUUUUCAGCAUAUACGGAAAGAGAUUACGUUCUAAGAGCAAAUUUGCACAAGAAUAAUUCGGCUCACUCAUUCACAUGGAAAUAUACCCCAGCAUAUCUAUAUAUUACAGUACUGUACAUUAUUAUUUGAAAGUCUAAAUCUAUGUCUGCAUUCGCAUU